CAGGGACAAACAUAACCUCGGUCUGGUGUGACAUGGAUACAGACGGUGGCGGUUGGACGGUAUUUCAGAGACGUAUAGAUGGCGCCACCGAUUUCUUAAGAGGAUGGGACGAAUAUAAGAAUGGUUUUGGCGACGCUAACCAUGAGUUUUGGUUAGGAAAUGAAAAAAUACACACACUCACGUCAGAAGAUGAUAAUGAAAUGAGAGUUGAUAUGGAGGAUUUCGAAACCAACACUGCAUAUGCAAAAUAUCAAAGGUUCGCCAUUGGAAAUGCCGAGGAUGACUAUCGAUUGGAUAUAUCGGGUUAUUCCGGAAAUGAAGGGAAUUCUUUGGCUGAGCACAACGGUCAGCCAUUCAGCACACACGAUCAUGGUAAUACUUACUGUGCUGUUACAUACUCAGGCGCCUGGUGGUACGACAAUUGUCAUAGUUCCAAUCUUAACGGACUGUACUUAUUUGGCAGUUCGCCUCAAUAUGCAAAGGGCAUAAUAUGGGGUACAUGGAAAGCAUAUUAUUAUUCACUCAAAAGUACUAAAAUGAUGAUUCGAAGGUUGGCAAUACCAUAGUGUGAACAACUAAUUAGAUUAGGUGAUCGUAUUGUGCUUAUUACUAGUGUACGAAUGUCUUGAUGUGUAUUUAAGUGUAAUAUUCGGUUUAAUUUUACUAUCACAUAUUACUAUUCAGCUAACAAAAACAGAAACUGGGUAUUGACAAUUUUUUUCGGUAUGACUGUAGUUUUGAAAUUUUGGUAAACUAUCGAUCUUAUCGUUUGAGCUAUAUGUUCUACAGAGUGGUACUGGCCCAAUUGAUAUACAAAUAUAUAUUGUAAAACACAACUGAAGUUAAGGGGCAGUAAUUGCA